GGUAUGUCUGUACUGCAUUGGGCGUCAUGGAGCCGUAGCUCCUCUCACCAAACUUUCCUCUGCUUUCCAAAUAGACCAGGAGAACCAUCAUGCCAUAGCUUGAAAGACGUGUACGGAAAGUCUAUGCUGCACUAUGCCGUACAAAGAGGUAACGCAGACCUCAUCGCCUUCUUCCUUGCAGGUCCAGAUGCAGCAGCCAUGUCAAUGCCAGACUUUUCUGGAAGAACCCUGCUUCACUACGCUACCGAGAGUGGCCGACCGGACACGAUCAACUUGAUGCUGGAGAGAGGUAUCGAUCUCGACACUAUUGAUGAUCAGGGUCGUACGGUACUCCACCACGCCGCUAUGCGCGGCAAUCUUAUCGCUGCUCAGCGUCUCAUAGCGCAGGGUGCA